AUUAACCCAGGCACAACAAGCCACUUUGUUUCUGGGAAGGAGGUACCAUCCCGUGUAUAUCCAUAAUGUAAAUAUUUGGGGCGCAACAGCUGAAAAAACGCGCGCUCGGUUUACUAUUUAUAGGGACCUAGUAUCUCACCUUUUUAUGGCAAUGCAGUACGCGAACAACUGAGAGGAAAUGGGGUACAAUCAAGCACGUGUCGUACGUCUCGGGUGUAACAAGCAUCAGAAUUCGACAUGUAGAGCAUCAGCCGCGUUACUGUUUCUGCUAGAAAGGACAAUAGGCAUCGAGAUAUAUAAGAGGGCAAAAGAGGCGAGGGGAGGAAGAAACCGGAUUUUUUGUGGUGACGGUGGUUGGUGUACUUCACCCCCCUCCCCUCCCCUCUCCUCUGUAUCCAUCUCCCCCUCCUCCCUCCAUUCCUCUCCCCCUCUGUGCUGGUCCUAUUCUUGAGGACUUGCUUGUGAAACGGGAGAGAUAAACAGACACUGAACGCAGAGGAAAGGACACGGGGAGAGAUAGUGUGUUAGAAUUUAGGAAAUACCUCCCUCCCCUUCCCCUGUCUAUCUCUCCAUCUUCAUCCGUUGUCUCUUCUUUAAUGGAUAGAAAUUAUCCUGGCACAGGAUUCGGUGAUCUGGGCGCUGGAACGGGAUGGAGUUACGAGAGAUCGGCGAAGGCAAGUUUGGUUUAUGGGAGCUCCAGAUCCUCCCAUCCAGACUCAGAACUCCUCCACCGUCAACCUUAUGCCACACCACACCCCCUGCAAGGAUAUGCAACCAAUCAUCAUCCAGGCACUUCUGGACAAGGUGGAGCAUGGGGCACAGGAAGGAGCUUAGGGCUCUCAGGCUUGUUUGAUACUGGACUACAUCAUGCAAGUCCCUCAGGACCAGAUGCUUCAGUUAUGAACUUGAUCUCUGCUUUGGAAUCCCGAGGUGCUCAGCCACCCCCCUCUGCCUCUUCCCUUCUCUCCCAAUUUCGCACCCCCUCCUGGCAAACUGCAAUGCAUACUCCAGCCCCUGCAGAGCUAUUCAUUUCUGGUGCACUACCUGGCUCUGGCUCAUUUCCCUCUUCCUCUGCUCUGUCGGCAUAUCAGCACCCUGCAUCCUUCUCAGGGCGCUCCUUCCCUGGAGUGACCCCAUCAUUAUCUCUGCAGGACACAUCUACCUUCAGUCCUACUUCCAAUGGUCUCCUGUCACCACAUGAUCCUUUGCUACACAUUAAAACACCCUCCCAGUCAAGUCUUGGCUUUGACCGUCUUCUGUCUUCACAGAGUGGGACUGCUUCAUAUAGAGGGCCACAAGAGCCCACUAGUGCUCCUCCACCACAAGCACCAUCAUCCUCAUCAACACGCCAUUUACCACCUCAGUUUAACCUGCUGUCCUCACAGCUGCAGGAUCAGUCCUCUCAGCUCUACAAUUCCUCUGUUUUUUCUUCUGCACCCCCUCAACCGCCACAGUCCCAGGAAAGAGCCAUCUCCAGGCAAGACAGUGUGAUCAAGCACUACCAGAGACCUUCUCCUGGACAGUCUCAACUAUCCUCUUCCACACCUCAUCCCCUACAACACUAUCUUAGUUGUGGUGCAUCAGGAUACCAGCAGAUACCCCAUCAUCGGCAUGGCUCCUCCAUAAACUGUAGUCCACUGGGGGAGCAGAGUCCAUCAUCUGACCCCAAACCCUCUCCCCGAUCAGAGCAGAUAUAUCGUCCUAUUAUCCAGCCCUCGUACACUUCCUCCUCAGUCUCCUCCUCAGCUGGUUCGGGUGGUGGUAUUGGGACAACAGGAAAGAGUUCCAGUUCAAGUAGUGGCUACUCUUCCUCUGGCUCUUCCUCAUCUCGAACCCCUCACACUCCUCCUUCAGCUUCUUCCACCUCCUCUUCUUCCUCUUCUGCCUCUAAUCCUAAUGUCUCAUCCAGUACCUCCUCUGCACCCUCAAGGCAGCAACCACCACCCCAAUCAGCACCGCAACCCCCACCACCUCCACCUCCAACAGUGUCAUCCUCUUCUACGCAGCAGCAGCCACCCAAACCUUGCCUGUCUACAUAUGGCUCUCCAGUUGCUCCUGUCAAGCCAACUGCUGGCCUUCCUGGUCAAACCCCACCACAGCAACAGUCAUAUUCACCAAGCCAGCCACCCACCUCUCACUUGCCCCAGCCAUAUGGGGGUUUCAGUUCUCCGCAGGCUCAGGAUCUUGGUUCCAGCCUUGGGGGGACAGGAAAAGCUUAUGGAAGUCUUGGAACUGCAGGACGUUCAUUUUCAGCUGAGGUGGUCUAUGGCUCUGAUUCAGGAUAUGGUUCUUUGCCACCAUCUCUUGGAGGGGCAGGAAGUCCCUCACUGGGCUAUGGUGGUACAGGACAUUCACCUGCCCUAAUGGUGUCUGGAGGUGGUACUGGUACAACAAACAGUACCACCGGAUCCGGAGCAGGUAGUUCAGGAAGUGUGGGGGGUGGUUCAGGUAGUGGUAGUGCUAGUGUAGCAAGUGGUGGAGGAUCAUACCACCUGCCAGAUUCCAGCCCGUCACCCUCAAGUAAUUCUGGAAUAAUCCGCCCAGGUCUGCACUCCCCUGCCCCAACUCGCCCUGCACAAUCACCUGGAGGAAAUGGGGGCAACAAGUACCUAUCGUCAGUUCUUUCCCCAGCAUUUCUGGCUUCUCCACAAGGAUAUUCAGACACAAGGUUGCCACCCCAGCAAUCACAGUCUUAUCACACAACGCCACCUAAAUCUAAGUCUGAUUCUGAUAUGCUUGGGGUAGAAAGAUCUCAAGAGGAGGACGAAGAAGAUGAGGAUGACUUUUUGAUUCAGCACUUAUUGCACUCACAGAGUCCAGCACCAAAUCCCUCCCAGCAUCAUUCUCAACAAGCUCAGCAAGUAGCCUCACAACAACCGCAGUCUCAGUCCAUUUCCCAGAGUAGAGAUGGAGGAAAGUCUCUCUCUGCUUAUGAACUAAGCAAGGCAUCUGAAGAACGUUAUCAUCUACAGAGUGUCAUUCGGACUAAUAAUACCACCAACAAUGUGGCUUCAGUUGCUGCUGGCUCUUGUGGUCCAGGCACAGGUUUAGAGAACCAGUUGGAGAUGUCUCUGAAAAAGCAGCAACAGACUAAGUCUGAUAGAGUGCUUGCUGGAGCUGGUGCAAAUGGUGGCCGAGGUGCAGUUGAUUCUUUGUCACAUACUCAUUCUCAUGGUCAACAUGACUCCCUUGGUUCAGUGGUCCACUAUGGCAGAGGAGACCCUUAUAGUCAUCAGACACAUCAACAUCACCCUCCUCACCCAUCACACCCUCAGCAUUCACAGCACCCUCAUCCCCAUUCAAUGUCCCACUCACAUAUAGAUCUUAAGAAAGCUCAGGAUCCUUCAGAAUUACCCUACCUACGAAAGACUCCAGACUCUCAGCAGCAACAGACCCAGUCCUCCCUUAGACUAAUGGAUUCUCCACCCGACCCGUCUCAGCAAACCUCCCAGACUCACCUUCUCCAGUCUGUCCUUUCGCAUACCACUCGAAACAAGAUGGACAACCAACAAACUCCUUCACAGCAACAACAACACUCAAUGACUCAACAAGCCAUGAUUAGACCAACUGGGGGAUUAGGUACUAAUGGCUCUGGAGGAGUAGACACUCAGCCACAGGCCUCUCAACUUCAACUCCAGCUCCAGUCCCAAACUAUGGAGGUCCACUAUGGACCUGAGGCUAGCCAGUCAAGUCAGAAUUCUGUUUCACCACUAGACAUGCUAGAGAGAUCUCUCUCCAGAACAAAUAGUCGGGAAGGGCCAGGCCCAGCUGAUAGAGUUGUUGCAGGAGAUGGGAGCAGCACUGAUCAUCACAGACAACAGCAACAACAUAGGAUGUCCUCACACCAUCAGUCCCACCACCCUCAACAACCAGCAGCAGAGCUUCAUGAUUUCUUGUCUGAUUCGGAUUUGAGCAUGUCAACCCCCUCUCAUUUGCACCAUAUGCUACGAAAGACUCCAGACUCUCAGCAGCAACAGACCCAGUCCUCCCUUAGACUAAUGGAUUCUCCACCCGACCCGUCUCAGCAAACCUCCCAGACUCACCUUCUCCAGUCUGUCCUUUCGCAUACCACUCGAAACAAGAUGGACAACCAACAAACUCCUUCACAGCAACAACAACACUCAAUGACUCAACAAGCCAUGAUUAGACCAACUGGGGGAUUAGGUACUAAUGGCUCUGGAGGAGUAGACACUCAGCCACAGGCCUCUCAACUUCAACUCCAGCUCCAGUCCCAAACUAUGGAGGUCCACUAUGGACCUGAGGCUAGCCAGUCAAGUCAGAAUUCUGUUUCACCACUAGACAUGCUAGAGAGAUCUCUCUCCAGAACAAAUAGUCGGGAAGGGCCAGGCCCAGCUGAUAGAGUUGUUGCAGGAGAUGGGAGCAGCACUGAUCAUCACAGACAACAGCAACAACAUAGGAUGUCCUCACACCAUCAGUCCCACCACCCUCAACAACCAGCAGCAGAGCUUCAUGAUUUCUUGUCUGAUUCGGAUUUGAGCAUGUCAACCCCCUCUCAUUUGCACCAUAUGGCCUCACACCAUCCACCCCCUCAUGCCCACCAUCAGCCACAGGCGCACACUCACCAUCAGCAUCCUCACCAGCACCCUCACCACAUGCAACCAACUUCUGGACCUCCACAGCCCCAAUCCCAGCUCAGGGAACAAGAGCCACAGCUCUCACAGCCACAGCUGGAUCAGCUCAAAGAGCAUCAAUAUGACACUGGUAGCCCUGUGGGAAAAACAGCUCAGAACCAGGUUCAGAGCCAAGACCAGCAGCAACGGUUCAUGCCACUGACAUCUAUUUGUUUCCCAGAUUCACUUCUCCAAGAUGAGGAUCGUUCCUUUUUUCCAGGUAUGGAGGAUAUGUUCUGCUCUGAGGACUACAAGGCAAGUUGUGCUGGAGGUGGUGGAAGUGUAGGACAAGAGGGUCAGGAUGGUGUGCCAGAGGCACGUGAAACAGUACAAGAUGGAAUGGAUGCAGUUAAAGCUACAAGUGGUGGAGGAGGUGCAUAUGACAUAAUGAGUCACCAUGGUGAUCAGGGUUAUGGGCAGUAUUGUCACAGUUUGUCUGAAUCUAGCAAUGGUACUAUGCACUUAGAUCUGGACCCCUUGAAAUCCCAUGAACUCCCAUCCACUGUAAACACAGAACAACUAGGCUUAAUUCAGUCUCAGGGCCCAGGCCUUGGGAUGGGCAGCACAGGACACGUAGUGGACGGAACUGGAAACAAAAUGAUGGGCUCUGCGGGUGUAGGUAGUGGUCCUGGCACAGGGGGACUCACCUCACCAAUCUUUUGUUCCUCUAGACCUAAAAAACUUUUGAAAACAAGCUCUUUUCACCUCCUUAAACAGCGGAAAGAGCCUAAUGCCCAAUCACAGGCUAAGAAGAACUAUGCUCAAGAAUAUGAAUUUGAGGAUGAUGAGGAUAAAGCAGAUGUUCCAGCUGACAUCCGCUUAAACAGCAGACGUCUGCCAGACUUGCUUCCUGAUCUUGUUUCUAGUUGCAGAAAGUCUGGAAGUGGUUCAGGAGUUGGCAGUUUAAGCCCUUUGAUGGGUGAUUUAGAUUUCUGCCACCCCUCAGGGUACCAAUCCCUUGGACCUCCUCCACAGCUGCUCCCACAUGAUGGCCCAAAGAAAAGGGGGAGGAAACCCACCAAACCUAAACGUGAGGGUCCACCAAGACCCAGGGGCAGGCCACGUAUUCGGCCUCUUCCUGAGCCUCCAUAUUGCAGGAACAUGAUGGGACCUGGUGGAGAGAGUAGAAGGGGCCGUGGUCGAGGAAGAGGACGUGGAAGGAAAGAUGAUCAAAUGCUAGAAAUGCACAGAGACAUGAACAAGGGGCAGAACUACCAACAACAAGCACCUCACCUCCAUCAUCAACCACAGUUACAACAGCACAUGCACCACCAUCUACAGCAGCAACAGCAGCACCAACCACAACAUAUGCAUCAACAGCAGCACCUACAUGUACAACAACUUCAUCAACACCAUCAACAACUUGCACAGCAUCAGCCUCAGCAACAAUACCAGGAACCCAUCAAACCAAUCAAAAUUAAGCUCCCUAUUCCUUCCAUACCCUCGUCUGACUCCCUACUGAGGACAGACUCCCUGUCUAGUACAGAUCCAGUUUUGUCUGAUGGUUCAGUAGGUUCUGCACCAUCACUUGGGUUGAGCCCAGGGCCCACUACCAGUGUGGACAUGAACAGAAUUGACAUGAACAGAAAUGAUAUGAGCUGUGGUCAGGAAAAGAUGAAGCAGAAACCACAAGAGGAAUGUCAAUUACUGAGCUGCGACCAAGCUCACUAUGAUACAUUGCCCCCCUCUGCUACACCCCCACCAUCCCCCUCCCCACCUCCUCCUGAAGAGUUGCCCCAGCCCUCCCCGGCCUCACCCCCCCCCCCCGAAGAUGCCCCAACGCCUCAGAUCACUUCACUGCACCUGGCUAAGAAACAGUCCAACGCAGCCAUCGCAGGAGAGAGUGAGGAUGAUGACAGUGAGAGUGGGGGGGAGGGGAUCUUCAGAGAGAGGGAUGAAUUUGUGGUGCGCACUGAAGAUAUUGGUACUCUUAAGCUGGCACUGCAGACAGGACGAGAGCCUCCUCCAAUAUGGAGGGUCCAGAAAGCUCUGCUGCAGAAGUUCGCUCCUGAAAUCAAAGAUGGACAGCGACAGUUUUGUGCUACCAGUAAUUAUUUGGGCUACUUUGGAGAUGCAAAGAUGCGUUAUCAGCGUUUAUAUGUCAAAUUCUUGGAGAAUGUGAAUAAAAAGGAUUAUGUCCGAGUGUGCUCGCGGAAACCCUGGCAUCGGCCCAGUCUCACACUGAGACGCCAGUCUCUUCCUAAGCCACAACCUGUACGCAGCCUGACUCCACCUCGCAUGGAAAGAGAGGAUAGAGAGAAGGAGAGAGAGAGACAACGGGAGAAAGAGCAACGGGAACAAAGGGAAAAAGAAAAGGAGAAAGAGAGAGAAAGAGAAAAGGAAAGGGAGCGAGAACGAGAGAGGGAACAGAUCGAGAAAUCUAGGAGAGAAAAGGAGAAAGAAAAGUUAAGGGAGAGAGAACUUGAAAAGGAGAAAGAGAAGGAAAGGGAAAAACAACGAGAGAAGGAGAGGGAGAAAGAGCGAGAGAAGGAAAAGAAGCUCCAAGAGCGACAAACUCAAGAGAAGCUGGAGAGGAGAACAGCAGUUGUGGAGCGCGGGAGGGUCAAAGAGGAGAAGAGGGUUGACAGGACGAGGAGCAGGCCUGUGAAAGUAAAGGCAGAACCUCCACCUAAAAAGAGGAAGAAGUGGCUGAAAGAAAUGCCCUCUUCCUCUGAUUCAGACUCCUCCCCUGAUCCGCCUAGUGAGGAUGAAGUAUCCACACGCAGUGGAAUAAACAGUCGGGCCAUGAGAGAGAUGUUCCGCAGUUAUGUAGAGAUGCUGGUCAGCACUGCUCUGGACCCAGACAUGAUCCAAGCUCUUGAGGACACCAACGAUGAGCUUUAUCUCCCACCCAUGAGAAAGAUUGACAGUAUCCUCAACGAACAGAAACGAAGGCUGUUGAGAAGGGUCAACAUGAGUGUCCAGCAUCAGGAGGCUCUGCACAUGUUCCCUCAAAUGACAGCAGACCCCCUAGACUCUGGAGCGGUUAAAGUGCACCUGGGUGGUGAGAGUUACAACCGCAAAACCCUCAACAGAGUCAAAAGGACCCUUCCCAAACAGCAGGACCUGAAGCUGUCGACAGAGACUUGUCGAAUAUACAGUCUCUAUCACUCUCUCCAUCACUACAAAUAUCACACCUUUUUGCACUGUAAAAAGGAGACGGACAGCAUAGAACAGGCAGCGGAGGAGGAUCCGGGUCAGGAGGAGGUGGUUCAGCAGUGCAUGGCCAACCAGGGCUGGCUAGAGACUCUGUUCAAUUCCUUCAUUGAACUGCUGACGCUCAGCACCAAGGCUUAAGAUUCAGCUGUCGACGUUCCAAGCACAUCCUAUUUGGAGAAAGGAGAAACUCUUCUCUCUCAAACAAAACCAGUGCACCUCCAAGUUGCAGGAAAAUUAGAUUUUCCUUUGCAGAAUGUGUAAGUUUUAAGUUGUUGCAUUUUAACAUAAAAAUGUUUUUGUAAAGCUUUCAUUCCUCUCUCUUUCAUUAUGUGUCAGCUCCCUGUGACGGGAGCCACAGGGAGACGGUAUGAAAAAAAAAAAAAAAAAAAGAGCGAGCGAGAUUGUGUAAAGACAAUUGUCUGCACAGAGACGAAUAAAGAUAGUGCCAAAGGGAACAGGGUUGAAAACCUCACUGGUCAGCAGUGUUUUGGCAGGUGAGCUUUUAAUGCUAUGUUCCAUGCACACUCUUAUAUAUAAAUAUGUAUUAUGAACAAUUAUGAUUUGUAUUAUUUAUACAUGGACAUUUAUACAUGGUUACCUCCCAAAGCUGGGGCAGUUUGCUGUUAUUAUUUUGAAUAAUAAUGCUCAUGUUUUAUGAGGGUGUACAUGAAAUGGGCCACCCGUAACCCCCUAUUUUUCCUGUCCCCUAAGCUGAAGGACAAGGAGCAGUGUGUGGUUCCUUUUUUGUCAAAAAAAAAAAUCGAGCAAAAGGAAAAAUGUAUUUAAAAAAAAAAAAAACUUUCUGUUUGUUCUUUAAAAGAAAAUGCGGAAAUAGAGUUGUAUUUGUUCGUUUUCUCAAAGGAAACAUGACGGUGCAGAGGGAUGUAAUAGUUUUAAAGUGUGCAAAAUGUCUGUGUUUACUGUUUGGUUUUUUUUAUCUGUUGGUUGUUUACUAUGAUAAUUAUUAUUGUUAUUAUUAUUUUGGAGGUUUGCUUAUUUCUCUCCUCUGUAAAUAUUGUACAGUUGCUUCAGUCUCUCUCUGUCCCUCAUCUGUACAUGAAUCCUCCUGUAUUUGACAAACGCAAAUAAAAGAAAAGAAAAUGA